UAUUGGGCGCGGGGCGGGGCGGGCGCGCAGUCGGCGGCGGCCAUGGCUCCGAGCGCGCAGGCGGGGGGCGGCGGCGGCCGCGGGCAGGCCCCGGGCCCGGGGCUCCGGCAGGGCAUCCGCGCUGUCCUGCUCGGGCCGCCCGGCGCCGGCAAGGGCACGCAGGCUCCCAAGCUGGCCGAGACCUACUGCGUCUGCCACCUGGCAACCGGGGACAUGCUGCGGGCCAUGGUGGCCUCGGGGUCCGAGCUGGGCAAGCGGCUCAAAGAGACGAUGGACGCGGGAAAGCUGGUGAGCGAUGAGAUGGUGGUGGAGCUGAUCGAGAACAACCUCGACUCCCCUCCCUGCAAGAACGGGUUCCUCCUGGAUGGCUUCCCACGCACGGUGAAGCAGGCUGAGAUGCUGGAUGAGCUCCUGGAGAAGAGGAGAGAGAAGCUGGACUCCGUCAUCGAGUUCAGCAUCCCCGACUCCCUGCUCAUCCGCAGGAUCACUGGACGGCUGAUUCACCCAGCGAGUGGCCGCUCUUAUCACGAGGAGUUCAGACCCCCGAAAGAGCACAUGAAGGACGAUGUCACUGGAGAGCCCUUGAUCCGCCGUUCGGACGAUAACGAAACAGCCUUGAAAACCCGCCUGAAGGCCUAUCACACGCAGACCUCUCCCCUGGUCUCCUACUACAGCAAGCGAGGGAUCCAUACAGCGGUGGAUGCCUCCCAGUCUCCCGACGUGGUGUUUGCCAGCAUCCUGGCAGCCUUCUCGAGAGCAACAUGUAAAGACCUGGUUAUGUUCAUUUAGGGCUCCGUCCCAGGACGGAGUUCUCCCUUUUCUCUCUCUCUGUCUCUCCAUCUCUGUCUUUCCUGGGCUGGGGAGGGUGAAUUGCUGAGCAGAGUAGAAGAGGAGGGGACAAAACAAUGCAGCCCAAGGCAGGGCUGUGCUCAUUCUCAAUUAAACAAGCUGUUAACGGUCUCUAUCUCGCUAUAUGUGAGUGUCAGUCUGUGGGUGCUGGAGAUGUGGCCUCUAGAGGUCGCAGCGAGCCCGAGCACCAGCUGCCAAAAAUGGGGUCUGCACCCCUUUGGAUCAAAAGGCUUUUGUUUCAUUGCAGAGCUGGAAGGAGCUGCACUUUGGGUUGCUCCUCAGGGGACUGGAAGGUUGGAGAGUCGGUGGAAGGACCUUUGCAGGGUGCGGGAUGGGUGGUGUGGGAAAUGAAGCGGUGGGGUUGCUCCUGGCGAGGACGUGAAGGGCUGUGCGUGGGAGCACAGCUGGCUGCUGCUCAGCGCCGGCUGGGAACUUCUUGUUCUGUGGGUUUUAUUCUCUGUGGGAUGGCAGGUUACCUGUGAACACACAGCCUGUGUUCCUCCCUUUGUGAUGGGGCGUGUGGGGCAGAAAGAGGGUGGGUGAGAGCUCGGGCUUUUCAGCUUCUCCUCAUUUUUGGGGCCCAAAUAUAGCAAGAAUUAGUGAGAUACUUUUUGCUUGUUUUUAACAUGGAGCUCUGGUCAGAGCCUGGCAGUCACUGUGUGUGGCAAGUUGGCAUCUCCUGAGGACAAGAAAAGGACUUGGGUUUUGUCUCUUCACUCUUGCCUGAGCUUUGGCCAAGGAGAUGAAAAUGUGUCGAGCUUCUCCUGAUCCCAAAGUCUAAAUAAAACCUUAUUGCAAAGCAAA